GCAAAGGACAACUCUCGAGAGAUUCACGGCUUGCAACAUAAUGGCGACCCGCAAGUCUGCAGAUGGUCUGGCAGAACGCUGCGAAUGCUGCACUUUGAGAAGAAGUUGACGAAAGAGGAGCCUGGGCGGCAGGUUUUCCGAGUCCAGCACGAGGUAGAGAGACGUUCUUCAAAGCACGGCAAGAAAAGCGCCCAAGCCUGUGGAGGCUGCACCGGUUCUUCUCGCGAAAGGGGAGCUGUUACCUGGCCGUCACGAGCCUCUAGCUGGCACCAUGAGCUUGACCGCCCAGCUUGCCAACAUAGGGGUCGUGGCUGCUGGCAGUGAGGAUGACAAGCCUGUGAGGGGAGAAUGGAGCAAGCGAGCCACGGACGCUCUUGUAGAGAGCUGGGGCAACAAGUUCCUGCAGCAAAACAGGGGCAACCUCACAGAUUUGCACUGGAAAGAGAUUGAAGAGGAGGUCAAUGCUCAGUUAAACGAGGCGGAAAAGAAAACCGUCAUCCAGUGUCAGAACAAGGUCGAUGGGCUGAAGAAGAGGUACAAGAAGGAGAAGGUCAAGCCGGGGGGCACGUACUGGAGCUACUAUGACCGGCUGGGGGAGCUGAUUGGGUCACAGCCGAAGCAGAGAGCCCCGGCGCCUCAGCAUCCCCAGGGAGGGGCGGGGGGCAAGGUGGUAAACAUGCACCACGCCCCCCACCAAAGGUCGUUCAGGGAGGAAACCGCAGCGCUGCGGCAUGGCCUGGACAACGUGGCGCAGGCUGUCAGGGAGUUUGCUGUUCUGUAUGAGAGAGUAGAAGCUCAGAAAGCACAGGCCUUGGUCGAGCAUGAAGAGAAGAGGCAGAACUUUGAGAGGGAGCUGGAGGCAAUGAGGAUGCAGGUGCGGCUGCACGCGCAGGCGCAGGGCUACCAGGACUGAGAGUGAUAUUUGAUGUUGUUGGAGCCCAAGCUAGAGCGCUUCAUGUGACCUUUUUCUGCAAAAAACUUGUCGUUCAUCAUGAUGGGUACUAUAACAAAACAACUACCUAGAUAAGGGUCACUAUUUGAGUAUUCAAAAUUAGCAAGUUAGUGGCCUUUGUCCGUGUACAAAUAUGUAUUGAAUUGGGCAUCUUACGGAGACGUUGAUCUCAAUAAAGUCCCACGAGCCUUCGGGCGAAAGCAGGCAAGAAGGGUCAUUCGUUCCUGUUGACAUUUGAUGGCAAGUAUUGGUGAUAACAGUGGUCCCUCAGCUUAACUGGCUUGUUGCUUAUUGUCACAUUGUCACAACUAGAGUUCAAAAUCUUUACAAGAUCGAGCAAUAGAACUAGAUCUAAUAAUUGUAUGUUUUCUCUUGAUUGCCUCAACAAGGUCGCAGUUGUUUCUCCGCA